AAAAAUGGGUUUGGGCUCCCUAACCGGGCUUCAAGUCGGGUCGAAAUGAGCGUUUCUUUUUCCAGUUCUUUAAACCUGGCAGAAGAAAGGUUGCGAACUGCGCUUGCACCCCUGCGCUUCGUAAAGUGAGAAGCCACACACACACACACACACACACACACACACACACACAGAGAAAUGGCCGGCAAAUCCGGAGCAACUCCGACGACCUACUCGCCGUCGCCGACUACACAGAACAAGAAGAGACCGCCCAUUUUCAACGACGUCGACUGGGUUCGCCCCGACGGCCGCGGCUUCCAUCAGUGCCGCCCUGCCUUUUUAAGGACUGGUGCAGUGAAUUCAGCUUCUGGAUCUGCUUAUGCAGAAUUUGGGAAUACAAAGGUCAUCGUGUCCGUAUUUGGGCCAAGGGAAAGUAAGAAAGCAAUGAUGUACAGUGAUAUAGGGCGGCUGAAUUGCAAUGUCAGUUAUACAACUUUUGCUACCCCAGUUCGUGGACAGGGAUCAGACCACAAGGAGUUUUCUUCGAUUCUUCAUAAAGCUUUGGAAGGUGGUAUAAUACUGGAUUCUUUUCCUAAGACUACUGUGGAUGUUUUUGCAUUGGUGUUGGAAUCUGGUGGCGGUGAUCUUCCUGUGGUGAUAUCAUGUGCUAGUCUAGCACUAGCGGAUGCAGGGAUUAUGAUGUAUGACUUGAUUGCCUCUGUUUCUGUGUCUUGUCUAGGGAAGAACCUUGUCAUCGAUCCCAUUUCAGAAGAAGAAAGCUACCAAGAUGGAAGCUUAAUGAUAACUUGUAUGCCUUCCCGUAACGAGGUUACUCAACUGACUGUUACUGGAGAAUGGUCAACCCCGAAGAUUCACGAGGCAAUGGAGCUAUGCCUUGAUGCUUGCUCUAAACUGGGGAAGAUCAUGAGGUCAUGUUUGAAAGAGGCUGCUUCUCCUGUACAAGAUUAGAAAUCAAGUAAUCAUUUGCUUUUUCUCUUAUGUGGCACCGAUAUACAUGUCUCUUUGUUUUAAUUUUGCUGAUUAUGGCUGUCUUUUUUUUUUUUGGGGAAAUUUAUAGAAAUGGUCCUCCUUGUUUCACCUGAGUCUCAUUUUUGUCUCCGAGUAUCAAUUGCAACUCUUUUGACCUUCAAAUUUGGUUUUUGUACCAAGUUGAUCUAAUUGAUAACGUCUAUCAACCAAAGUGGAUGGAAAAAAUGAGAUUGAGGGCAAACGUCAUCAAUUGGACCAACUUGGUACGAAUUGCAACGUGCAAACUGCCAUCAAAUGGAUUUUUUCCGUCCAGUUUGGCUGAGAGUUAUCAAUUGGACCAAUUUGGUACAAAAACCAAACUUGAAUGUCAAAAGAGUUGUAAUUGAUACUUGGAUGACGAAAAUAAGACUCGGAUGAAACUAGGACCAUUUCUAUAAAUUUUCCUCUUUUUUUUUUUCCUUGUACCCAGGUCAACAAAUUAUGCACUUCCACGAUGUGGGUUGGCCUGAAUUUUGAUCCUUGUAUUCAUGCAAAUUCUGUCGAUUUAUCUAGCUUUGGCUCUUUGAAGCAAGUCCACCGUCGGUGCCAAAAUGACUUCGCCGUAAAACGACAUAUAUAGCAAAAAAUAUGGCUGUUCUGCUCCACCCCUGCAUUGCUAUUUUAGAAAAAAAAAAGUUUGAUCUUAAAAAGUAACCGUUGGAUGGCUCUUGCCCCCUUAAUGAAAUUGUACCGAUAUCUAUCUACCAAUACAUCUUUAAGAUACUGGAUCCCUUUUAUCUUGCUUUUGUCACCGUUGAAUCCUUAGGUGGAUUUGAAACAUUCCAAGGGUCCAUCAGCAACCUGGGUUAACUCUCAAGUUGAAGAAUUUGUAAGUCUUUAUUUUUACUGAUUGAUUAAAACGGAGGGAUUGCCAUGAAAUUAGCUU